GGGAGGAAUGUCACUGAGAACACAGACCAACACCAUGAUGGCAGAUGUGAGCACUCAGGAACAUCAAAGGAUCUUGAAGGCCACAGUCUCUCCCAGUUCCCAUCAGUGCGUGCCCUCUCUGUCUACAGGGCUGUCUCGGCACCUUCUCAUGACAGCCCUAUAAAUGCAGGUGGGCUCCUCACUCCCUACACAUUGGGUUCCUGCUCACCCUUCCUUCAGGUGACUCUCAGCCAUGAAGACACUUGUUCUCCUCUCUCUCCUUGCCCUGCUGGCCUUCCAGGCCCAGGCUGAUCCUCUCCCAGAAGCAGCUGAGGAGACUAAAACUGAUGAGCAGCCAGGGGUAGAGGACCAGUAUGUGUCCAUCUCCUUUGGGGAUCCAGAAGGCUCUGCUCUUCAAGAUGGAGCCUCAAGAAAGGGCCCAUUAUGUUUCUGUAGAAAGGUAUGCAAAAUUUAUGAACGGGUCCAUGCAAUCUGCUUCGGCAAGAUACUACUCUGCUGCAGCUGAGACGAGAGACAAGAUCACCAUGUCUUCUGAGACCUCAUGAUCAGCCAU